CGAGCGGGCGGAGCGGCCCCGCGGUGCAGCCAUGGAGCGGCUCCGCCGCCGCCUCCUCCUCCUCCUCAGCCCCGCCGUGCUGUUGUUGGUGCUGCCGCCGAGGCCCGCGAACACCAGCUCAGUAACUGUGCCAGAAACACUGCUGUUUGUCUCAACCCUGGAUGGCAGUUUGCAUGCUGUGAGCAAGAGGACAGGAGCCAUCAAGUGGACUUUAAAAGAAGAUCCUGUGCUCCAGGUGCCGAUACAUGUGGAGGAGCCAGCGUUCCUCCCAGACCCCAAUGAUGGCAGUUUGUACACACUCGGGGGCAAGAACAGUGAAGGCCUGACUAAACUUCCAUUUACUAUCCCAGAGCUGGUGCAGGCAUCUCCCUGUCGCAGUUCUGAUGGGAUCCUGUACAUGGGUAAAAAGCAGGAUAUUUGGUACGUGGUUGACCUCAUGACUGGGGAGAAACAGCAGACCUUGACUUCCUCCUUCACAGAAAGUCUUUGCCCGUCAACAUCCCUCCUGUAUCUGGGCAGAACAGAGUACACCAUCACCAUGUACGACACCAAGAAGAAGGAGCUGCGAUGGAAUGCCACCUAUUUUGACUAUGCAGCUACUCUGCCUGAUGAAGACAUAAAAUACAAGAUGUCCCACUUCGUGUCCAACGGGGACGGGCUGGUGGUGACGGUGGACAGCGAGUCCGGGGACGUGCUGUGGAUCCAGAACUACGGCUCCCCCGUGGUGGCCUUUUACAUCUGGCAGAGGGAGGGGCUGAGGAAGGUCCUGCACACCAACGUGGGCAUCGAGACCCUGCGCUACCUGACCUUCAUGUCCGGGGAGGUGGGACACAUCACCAAGUGGAAAUACCCCUUCCCAAAGGAAACGGAGACCAAGAGCAAGCUGACCCCAACCCUGUACGUGGGGAAAUACUCCACCAGCCUGUACGCGUCGCCCUCCAUGGUGCACGAGGGGGUCACUGUCGUGCCCCGAGGCAGUGCCAUACCCCUGCUGGAGGGGCCAAAAACAGAGGGAGUCACCAUCGAGGACAAGGGCGAGUGUGUCAUCACCCCCAGCACGGAUGUGAAGUUCUCAGGGAGGCUGAAGGACAAGCACAAGCUCAACUACUGGAACGACUGGCUGUUGAUAGGGCACCAUGAAACACCAUUAUCUGCCCCUACAAAGAUCCUGGAGAAAUUCCCAAGCAACUUACCUAAGAGGCCUGAAAACGUGAUUCCAGCUGACUCUGAGAAAGCCACUAUUGAAGAGGUCAUUGGCAUUGUGGAAGGUUCCUCCACAGAAGGGCCUCCUGCUGCCCCACAGGACAUCGAGGAGGCUCCUGCCCGGCCCCUCCCGCGGCCGGAGGCUCCGGUGGACUCCAUGCUGAAGGACAUGGCCACCAUCAUCCUCAGCACCUUCCUGCUCGUGGGCUGGGUGGCUUUUAUCAUCACCUACCCCAUGAGUGUCCAUCAGCAGCAGCAGAGGCAGCAUCAGCUGGAGGAGAAGAUCCAGCUCUUGCAGCAGCAGAAGCUGCCCUUUGGUGCCCCCAGUGACCUCCCCCCCGAGGCGGAUUUCCUGGACACAUCGUACGGGCGCACGGAGAGCUCAGCUGGCAGCACCCCAAACCUGUCCCCACGGGCCUCCAACCACUCUGCCUAUUCCAGCAUCUCCACAUCCGACGGCGGGAGCUGCCUCUCCACUGAGCAAGAGGAGGGAGAUGAAGAUGCAAACCGAGUGAUGGUUGGCAAGAUUUCCUUUAACCCCAAAGAUGUACUGGGACACGGAGCUGAAGGGACAAUUGUUUACAGGGGCACCUUUGACAACCGGGAUGUGGCAGUGAAGAGGAUCCUCCCCGAGUGCUUCAGCUUCGCAGACCGGGAGGUGCAGCUGCUGCGGGAGUCGGACGAGCACCCGAACGUGAUCCGGUACUUCUGCACGGAGCGGGACCGGCAGUUCCAGUACAUCGCCAUCGAGCUCUGCGCGGCCACGCUGCAGGAGUACGUGGAGCAAAAGGCCUUCAGCCACCAUGGCUUACAGCCCAUCACUGUCCUGCAGCAGACAACGUCUGGGCUGGCGUACCUGCACUCCCUGAGCAUCGUCCACAGGGACCUGAAGCCCCACAACAUCCUGAUCUCGAUGCCCAAUGCCCACGGGAAGGUCAAGGCCAUGAUUUCAGACUUCGGGCUGUGCAAGAAGCUGGCGGUGGGUCGGCACAGCUUCAGCCGCCGCUCGGGUGUACCAGGCACCGAGGGCUGGAUUGCCCCAGAGAUGCUGAGUGAGGACUGCAAAGAGAACCCUACCUACACCGUGGACAUCUUCUCAGCUGGCUGUGUCUUCUAUUACGUGGUGUCAGAAGGUGGCCACCCCUUUGGCAAGUCCCUGCAGCGGCAAGCCAACAUCCUGCUGGGAGCAUACAGCCUGGAGGCCCUGGAUGCAGGGAGACAUGAAGACGUAGUUGCUCGUGAUUUAAUUGAGCAGAUGAUAAACAUGGACCCUCAGAAACGGCCGUCUGCCAGCUGUGUGCUGAAACACCCCUUCUUCUGGAGUUUAGAGAAACAGCUCCAGUUCUUUCAGGAUGUCAGUGACCGGAUAGAGAAAGAAUCUUUAGAUGGUCCAAUAGUCAAGCAAUUAGAAAGAGGUGGAAGAGAAGUGGUGAAAAUGGACUGGAGAGAGCACAUCACUGUUCCUCUUCAGACAGAUCUUCGAAAAUUCAGAUCCUAUAAGGGAGGCUCAGUACGGGACCUUCUGAGGGCCAUGAGAAAUAAGAAGCACCAUUACAGGGAACUGCCUCCCGAAGUGCAGGAGACCCUGGGCUCCAUCCCAGAGGACUUUGUGUGUUACUUCACAGCUCGGUUCCCUCGCCUGCUCCUGCACACCUACCACGCCAUGCACAUCUGCUGCCAGGAGAGACUGUUCCAGCAUUACUACCCCGAGGACUCUGCAGCGCUCAGCCUUGCAGGAGACACUGUUUGAGGACAGGGAUGGAGCUUUCUUCUCUGGGACCAACAUUCCAAGCACAGGCCUACCUUUAGCAGGGAAAAGUGGGAUCAAAGAGCUGAAUUCUCUCUCUUUGAAGAAACCAAGCUUCCAAAAAGUGCCUUGUCCCUCUGCCUGCGCUGGAUCAGGAGGUGGUGGGAGCCCAAGGAGCGAGAGGUAAAGCGGGGAACCCUGGGGAUGGAGUCGUACUCCAGGGCAGUGUUCAAGACUGUGGAAGUGGAGAGCAAAAGCUGGAUAAAACCAUCACCCAACAUCCCUGUACUGUGUGUGAUUUUGUAACUGAUGUGUUUUUCUACAAAAAAAAAAUCAAAUCAAAAUACAGCGAUUGAAAUCAUAAUUACCGAGGACUGGGAACUGCAAAAGGAGCCCUUUGGUUGUAGCAAAUCAUCCAAACCUGCCAUUGCACUGCUGCCCCGUGAGGUAUUGGGCACACCAGUGAUUGCAAAGGGAAUCAUCGCUCAUUAUCCAAAACCAGUAGGAAAGAACCACUGCUGGUUAAUCUGUACUGCCCCAGAAAAUUAGUCCCUUGUACUUAAGCAGAUACAACGAACUUCUAAAAAAUACUGACUUGAAAAAUCAGUUCAAGGUUUACCUUCUUUGAAAACAAGCCUCACUGUUUAAUAUCAACCAGUAUUCACAGAAGAGCUUGACCAGCCCUCGACUUAAAUCACAGGGUCAGAACAGCUCUGCACAAGCCAGUGCAGGAAGCACAGCCCUGGCAGCCCAGAGCUGCUCGUGGUUCAUCAGCUGUCCCUCAGCAGCAGGAAAACGCUGCCGAAACGGAGCCAGAGGUGAGAGAGUCCUGGGGAAAAGGAGCUAAAGAGGAAACAAGGAGAGCUGUCAGGAGCAGAGAAACCAGGGCAGUGUUCAAGGGGUGCCUUGGAGCUGUUUGUGUGGGCUGGGGAUUCCAUGCCUGGCAGCCUGGGUGUGUAAGGAUGCAGUAUUUCUUUUCACUGGCCCUGAAGUUGUGACAAAGCAUCGUGUGUGCAAAGGAUGAAGAAAUGCUGAGUUCUGUAAUGUAACUGGGGUGUUCUUUUACUAUGUAUUUAUUUAAGGUAUUUAUAUUUAUUUAAUUUUUACUACAAAGUGGUAUCAAAUCCAAGUGGCACAGCUAUGAAACAUGCCAAAUCAGUCUUAAUCGGGUUUGUGUUUGUAUUUAAUCACCUCAUAGCAACUGGAAGAGGAAAGUGAUACUGCAUCUUUCAAUGAACUAAUUAAAGGAGAAAUUAUAUAGAGUGGGAGUUUGUAUGACUGUGCCAUUGUGUCUUAAACUAAUAAAUUAUUGCCAGUAAUGUGUAUGAUUGGGUGCAUACAGCUACUUUAAAGGAAGCUUUUUUCCUUGUUUUAUAAUGUAUGAGAGCGAUUUACCUAAGAUGCCAAACUGUGCAGGUUACAUGUUUCUAAAGCUUGAAAAAAAAUAAUGGUAAUUUUACCUAAGAUUCAAAGCCUAUUUCAUAUUUUUGUACUUCUCAUGUAAAGUUCUUUUAUAAAUCUACUAAAUAAAGACUUGUACUCAGAUUAAAACCCCACAGCUCUUAGUGACAACAUGUGUCUGGGGUCUGCUGCCAGAACUGGGCUGGGGGCAGUGAGCAGGGAAGAGGCUCCUGCCUGAGCAGCCUGUCCUGCCUCCCUGGAAAAGAGGCACGUGCCUGGUUUGUGAGCCUGCUCGAACCACUGCCUGCCUGCUAAUCCCAGAUGGGGCUCCAGUGCAGGAACCACACCGAGCUGCUGGGGUGGGUGAGCACUGAGCCUCCUGGAGGGCCCGGGCACCUCACUGUGUUACUGUGACAGGCCCCAGGCACCAUCCAGGCUCCCAACCUCCUGGAGGCUGAGGCAGGUGAGCAGGUAAGAUAAAAUGGCUGCAAGAAUUUGUGCUGCUGUGCAGUCCAGAGAUAGGCAUAAAUUAAUUUUUCUGGUGCAACUGAGCUGGUAACUGAUCACGUGCUUUCCAGGAAGAAAAAAGCUGGCAAGACAACGUUGUCUACCACACACACCCUGACACGUACAUGGCAGUGGGGCUCAGCUUACUUUGCAAAGGUAGUACCACCCAGUAGCACCACCCUGCUCAGAACGGGGUGGAGAUUUGGUGGCUUAUCAGACUUUCUCAAAAGUAGUUCCUUUUUUUAUUCCUGGCAAUCAAACCUACAGGAGCCCUGCAGAACACACACAGUGCUGGAACUGCUGCCCGUGCAGUUGAGACAGGCCCCCCGAGCCUGACACUACAGCUUGGAGCACCUUCCCUCCCUCCUGUGGAAAAGCCUUUCCUUGCAGGCAGGACAGCGCUGGAGACAUCCCGUUACCCGCGGGCUCUGCCAGUACAGAGCCAGCUGUCCCUGCUGUCCCUCUCUGAACCCCUGGCAAUGGAUGUGAAGUCUCGGGCGAGGACACCGCGCUGAACAGAAACCCUUCUGCUGGGUCAGGCACUGAGCUGAACUGCUUCAUGGAAGUUUUGGGUUUUGUGCAUUAACAGCAGGAUUUCCCUCACCCAAGACAAUGGAUUACCAAACAUUACCUGUGAAUGACUGGGAUGAGAACCAUGUCAAAUGCUGGCUGGAAUCUACUGGAAUCAAGAAAGAGUAUGUAGAAAAACUAUACACAGAGGAAGUGACAGGUCCAGCACUAAUGGAACUGGAUGAGUCCUUCCUCAAAGACAUGGGUAUGAAGGGAGGCCAAAUCCAGAUCUUAAUCCGCAAGAGAAACGAACUUAGGCAGCUCCAGAACAAUGCCCAGCAAGCCAAGAAUUCCAGCAGCAAAGUGCUGGACAGAAGGGAGGCACAAACAGCCCCUGUGACUCCCAGCACUGCCCCUGCUCAGAGCACGGCUGGGGGAGGCAGCUCUGGGGCCACGGGAACAACCGGCACUGACAACACAGCUCCUGCCUCCAGCAAGAGGCAAAGGAGGCGUGACAAGGCCCAGCUUCAAAGCCCUGAAGAGGUCCUGGAGCUCAGAAACUGCCGACCCUUUAGAAGUCAGGAUGCUGACUUCAAGUACGUGAAAGACACAGUUCUUGCUCCAGAAUCAGGAGUCACUGAUUUAAUCAUUCCUUGCCAUGAAUACAAAUCUUUGGCCACUGCUGCAGAACUGAGCAAAGAGCAACUGCAAUCAAAGUUUGCCUCUGAAGUGAUCAGAUUUGGUUCAGCCUGCAUGAACAUUCGAACAAACGGCACCAUCCAUUUUGGUGUCAUGGACAGUGUUGAGGACAAGGGUUGGAAACACGGACAGAUCGUUGGCAUAAAGAUCAAAAAGCGAGAAGACUAUGUUGAUGCACUGGAUUUAUAUAUAGAAAAAUGCUUUUGUGAUAAUUUACAGGAAACUGCAAGGAAAUGCAUUCAUCCACCUGUUUUUGUUGAAGUGAUUUCAAAAGACCCUCAGGAACAAAGGUUUGUGGUGGAGGUUGACAUUGAACCAGCAUACACCUUAGUAUAGAAGAGGUGUUUUGAAGUGUGUUUGCCAAAAUACAACGAAAGCAGCCACAAGGUGAUCCUGACCAAAGAGCCAGCUCUCUACCAGAGAGUAGGAGCCAAGUCUGAACCUGUGCAGCGCAACAAACUCACUGCCUUUAUUCAGGCCGUGCCAGACAGGGAUGCUCAGAGAGAAAAAGCUGAGCUCUCUAGCACACAAAUGCACACAGAAAUACCUCAAGAUUUAGGAAGAAAGUUAUCAAUUCUAUUAAACGAUGGCAAAAGCUACAUGGAUGAUUCCCUGCGGUACAUCCUUGUCACAAACAGAUGUGAGCAGGAUAAUCUGAACUAUAUCAACUUUCUAAUGCACCUGAACAUUUUCUGUGUCUUUGACUUCGAUGAGCAUUCCAAUGUGUCAGGGCUGUGCAGCAAGUACAAAGAGCACCAUGAAGCAAGUUCUUAUUUUUUACAGGAUUUUUUCAAUGAAAUUAAGACUGAUACCCCUCCCUCUCAGAAACUGUUUGAUCAGACCAGCUGGAUAUUCUGCAAUGGGCGCAGUGACUUCCUCGGGGAUGAAAAACCUUGUGAUGAAAACACAUGGAUUAGAACGAAAAAAAAAUACCUUAAGAAAGUAAUUACUUGUAUCUGUGAGGAAAUCCUGCCACAGAGGUCUUUCAUUGUGCUUUUCCUAUUGCUAUCACCAGUGCAAAAACCACUUGUGGACACUUUUCAGGAAUUCUAUACAGAGAUGAAUGGCAUGGAGUACAUCAUUUGCAUUGCAGAGUCCAGAGAAAAUUAUGGAAGGUGGGCUAAUCUGGCUCAGGCAUCCUGCAGCAUUGAGACACUGGAACAACGCAGCGUUGUGGGCAUGAAACUCAGUCACAUCGAUGCCACUGUCCAGGCAAUGCUGCCUUCCACAGCUCAGCCCAGACACCUGCCCGUGUCCACUGGAGGGGUGUGUAUACUCCCCUUGAGGGAAGAAGAGAAACUCUACUCCCUUGAAAUCCUUUGUGCUGACCAAUGUGAUGAUAUCAAACCAAACCACUGGACUGAAAAACAAAUACAAGAAAUAGAACAAAAUUUUUACCGAGGGAGAAAAAUCAUCUGGGAAAACUUGUGGCUUGCUGAUAAAAGGCUCUGUGGGGACAUCAUUGAACGGGAAGCAUGCAAGGACGCCAGCAAACUCCUGGACGGCAUUUUACGAGGCAGUGUCCUGAACUACCCUGUGGCCAAACUAAAGAUAUUUCACCACCCUGGAAGCGGUGGAAGCACAAUAGCACGGCAAGUUCUGUGGAAAAGCAGAAAGCACUUCAGAUGUGCUGUUAUCAAGACCUCAUAUCCACCUUCAACUGUUUGUAACCAUGUGCUUGCACUUAAAGAUUAUGAAGAAAGAGAAAUCACUCACUGUUUUCCUGUGCUCCUCCUGAUUGAAGAUUACGAUGAUGAGUACUUUGAAGAACUACAGACUGUGUUACUGGAGGCUGCAGCAACCAGGAAAAUGAACACUCCCAGACCUUACUUCAUCCUCAUAUGCUGCAGACGAUGCAAUGACCCUGAAAGUCUCUGCAAGGCUUCUCCACUGGACACAGUCGCUGUCACUCACAAGCUGACAGAGUCAGAGAAAAGUCUGUUCAACAUCAAACUUGAGAAACUGAAGCAGAAAGAUGUCAAGCCAGAAUUCAUACUUACAUUUGUCCUGAUGUGUGAGGAGUUCAACGCCACGUACGUGUCAGACUUGGUAGCACACACACUGCAUGGCAUAGACCUUCACUCUCGGGACACCUGCCUGAUGCGUUACGUGGCUUUGCUCAAUUGUUAUGUACCCAAUUCCUAUGUUUCCCUGUCACACUGUGAGGCCUUUCUGGGACUGGGGGCAUAUACAGAGAGUACAUCAAGAGUAUAUGAUUUCAAACAUCGCUUGAGUGAACAAGCGAGAAUGAUUUUUAUCGAGCUGAGGGAAAGUACCAGUUAUAUUUCAUCUGUUCGGAUAAUACACUGCCUGGUUGCAAAAGAAAUUCUCCAUCAGCUUUCAGGAAAUGAAUCUCAAAGUCAACUUGCAAUGAAUCUUAUCCAGGAAAAGACACUGUUUGAAAACAGAUUUGGACGAGAAGAAUUCGUAAAGUUUAUCAAACAUCUCUUUAUUCGACGAGAUAAAAGAAGCAGGGGUGACAACACCGACACGCUCUUCUCCCCAUUCAUUGAACACGUCUGCGAAGCUGAAGAUUGUGAAAAAGCUAUUGCUGUUUUAAAAGCUGCAUAUGAACUCCUUGGAAAAGAUCCUUUUUUUGCCCAGCAGCUUGCCAGGCUAAAUUACACCAAUGAAAAAUUUGAAGACGCAAAACAUUGGGCAGAGGUUGCAAAAGGUCAUUUGCCAGAUGAUUCUUUUAUUUUAGAUACAGAAGGUCAAGUCUACAGGAAAUGGUUUAGUUUCACUGUGGAUAAAAUGACAGAGGAGGACACUCCUGAAAUGGUCAUUAAGAAGAUAGAGAUUGCUCUUAAAGCUAUGAAAUGCUUCAGGGCUGCACAACAGGCUGCAAAAGCAGAACGUGAAAUUAUGAACAACGCUGGCUUUCAUGGAGAAGUAGAAGUAGGUUGCCGACUCCUCCGGUUCCUGUCCACAGUCCCUGUAUUCCGCAGAAGUCCAGAGGGGGAAUACACUGAGCUUGUGAAAUACCUCACCACAGAUUACAUUCCUGAAGAGAUAAAAAGAACAUGGGGGAGGCUUCACUCCCGCCUGAAGGGCUUGCGCCAGAACCUGUACAAUGCUCUGGAAUGGAUCUCAGAAGAACUAAGUUAUUUCCAGACAGAUAAAAACCAAGACAAGGAUGAUGAAAGUGAUGCAAAGGAAGAACAAAUUUAUAAUCCUAGAAAAUGGCUGAAAAGACAGUCUGAGGUAUAUGCUAAAUACUUCAUUUCAGCAUCACUUAUUGAGGAGAGCAACAAUGGCCCUGAAACCGAGCUGAUCAGAUGCAUGAGCAUUUACAAGAAUGGUGGAGGAAAUGUCACCAAUAUCCUGUCGUUCUUAACAGAUAAGAAAGAGAAGAGGUCAGCUGAAAAGCUAGAAAGGAUUCUCAGUUUCUAUCCAGACAACCCACUGAGGGACAAGCUGGAGGACAAUGACCUGAUCAAUUAUAUUUUGUGCCACAUCACCUUAGCCUGCUUAGCACCAGGAUCAGCCAAACUUCUUCCACUGCAAACUCUUCGUGAGCUCAGUACAAGAUUCUUCAAAGCAAAAAGACCAUUUCCAGCAAGUGCCUAUUUUUUGCUCACCUUGCUGUACUGGCCAGAUGAGGCAUUGGACAAAGAUCAUAAUCCAGAUAAAGAUGAAAUUCUAACUUUAGCCCUUCAAACCCUGAAACGUUUAUGUGACAUCAAGAGGAAAGAUGUUCCUACCAGGAAGAGAAGAAUCUACACCCAUUUUUUUCUGGGAAAGGGUUAUGGCUUAAGUAAGAUUGUGCAGAAGGCUAAAAUUGAUAAAUUAAUUACAGGGCCCUUAGAUGAGAGGAGAAUGAAGUGGCUACAUGGAAGUGUAUGGAAUAUUCCCAGGAUUCGUGACAGUCUCAAAAGAGUUUCUGGCUGGACAGAGGACAGGAAUUUGUUUAUAUAUGGUCACAAAAAGAAGCUCCCCAUCUUGGCACUCCAUCAUGAAUCAGUGCCCCUUGGAAAUGAAAAUGUCACCUUUUAUUUAGGCUUUUCAUUUAAUGGGCUUGUUGCUUUCAAUAUUGAGGUUGAAAACGAUGCAGCCUGCAGCAGAACCUAAGGGGUGUAGCACUGCAACAACAGGCCCUGUGCUCUGAGAACAUACAGCACUGCAAGUGUCUGCUGACACAUCUGAAACAAAAACGGGACUGCCCUGGCUGAGCACCAGGGAGCAAGAAAACCACAAUUAACUCCUUGAAACCUACUAGGAAAGUGUACCUUGAGACAAGCUUUUGAUAGUUCUGGAGUCACAGAAAGCAAGAUUUCAACCUCAAGACAGCAAUAAUUGCUGCCAAAGACUCACUAUUUCUCUUCCCCCCAAUAUCUGGAGAACUGAGCUCUGGAAUAAAACAGGUCUAGUGGGAUCCCUUUUUUCUCGGCUCACAUAUUAGGAUUUUAAGUUAAUUUCUGGGUGGUCUUGAUCAGUAACAGAAUUUGUCCAGUGUAACAUUUUUCUUCCUGAAUCAGCAGCAGAGAAGUGAACUCACACCAUGCCCAGUGCUCUGGCUGUAACACACUCCACUCACUGACACACGCCAUGGAUGAAAUGAGCCACCCAUCCACUGCAAAGCCAACACCCAGCAGAGAAGCAUUUUUAAAGCAGACUUUGCAAACAUCAGAUAUGAUUAAAAAAACAGGCCUCAAAUUUUAUCUAACUCCACUGCUUCUCUGGGUAAAUAUUACCUUAUUAGAUUAUAUCUGUACCUGGGGCGGGGUGCAGACACAGGAGCAGUUAAGACGUGGAUGACAUAAAAGAUUAUUUGUAAGCACUGUUAUGAGUCCAUAGUCUAAACAAUUCCUGCACUUGGUGAAGUGUUUUUGCAUUAUCAUCCAAGAAAUGUAUACAGAGUACAAGUCCUAAAUUUAUACCCAUUCUUUGAGAAAUGCAAGGGAGUUUGUUUUUUAGCACUGUUUACAACGAUCAUGUCACAUUCAGUUUCUAAUAAUAAAGCUGUCUGAUAUGGGUGGAGUUUUGUAUUGUUUGACAGAAGAUAUUGUGACUGAAAUUGCCAGAAAAUCUGUCAUAUAACUUUUUUAUCUAAUAAACAUCCUUUAUGAAGAA